GUUCGCUCCCAGAAGCGGUAAAGUGGAUUUAAUCUCCUCACUCCUAAACCCUUUACCUGCGGACUCUCGGGAAGAAAGUCGUUUCUAUGGUAACCAUAGUUUUUUAGAAGUGUGUUGUAACCCCCGGGCUAAAAGACUUGCUGGGCUGAUAAUGAUCUUUUCUCCUGUUUUGCGAGCCGGUGUGUUUUCGGUGUUUGCAGUGUCAGGGCAUCGAGCAUGCCGUGUGAGUCCGGAUUUGGAACUUGCGCACUCUGACUGAUCAAUGUGGACCGGAAGUGAGUGUGUGCGCGCGACCAUGGGGACCUGGCACGGCCCCGCGGGGCUCCUCUUGUGUGUCGCGGUGGCGCUGAACGCUGAGCCCGCGUGCUGGCAGGCCGUGAUCCGGUGCCACGAGGAGCGCGAGUGCGAGCUCGCCUAUAGCCAGUACCUGGCCGCGUGCGACGGGAACAUCCGGGGCGCGCUGCGCCGCUGCCCGAGUCACUGCGUGGGCGCGCUCGUGCGGUUAAACCAGACGCUGCGCGGUCCGGACCUGGAGACCUGCGACUGCGGAGUGGACGCGGAGUGCCGGCGCGCCAAGCGAGCCAUCGAACCGUGCCUGCCGCGCACACACGCCCGCACGGCCGGGGGAAUCGGGUGCACGGAGGCGCGGCAGCGGUGCGAGGAGGACGGCGCCUGCCGCGUGGCUCUGUCCGCGUACCUGGCGCACUGCGGGCAGCUGUUCAACGGGAGGAAGUGCUCGGCGCGGUGCAGAGGCAACAUCGAGCAGCUGCGCCUGCUGCCGGACGGCGUUCUGCUCGAGCGCUGCGUGUGCGACGGCGUGGAGCGGCCCUUCUGCGAGGUGGUCAAGGACAACAUGAGCCGCCUGUGCGCGCUCUCGGACCGCUGGCUCGCCCCCGAACAGGACGUCCUGGAUGACAUCUACGAGGAUGAGGAUUACGACCUCAAAAUGGAGCCUGAGAUGGACACAAGUGUAGUGGAUUUGCCUUCACGUGCCUGGCGUUCCUCGGACCAUCUGGGCCUGUUCCUGGGAUCCCUCGUGCUGACCUUUUUCAGGGUCUGAAAAGCUCUUCUGCGCAUGCCCAGAGCGUACAAACUCACUACAACAUGAUACACCUGAAUACCGCGAUGGUGGUGUAGUGGUUAGCACGGUCGCCUCACAGCAAGAAGGUUCCGAGUUCGAGCCCAGGGGCCUUUCUGUGUGGGUUUCCUCCGGGUGCUCCGGUUUCCUCCACAGUCCAAAGACAUGCAGGCGGCUUUGGGCAAGGUACCUAACCCCUGACUGCUCCCCGAGUGUGGCUGCCCACUGCUCUGGGUGUGUGUUCACUGCUUCAGAUGGGUUAAAUGCAGAGGAUGAAUUUCACUGUGCUUGAAGUGUGCAUGUGACAAAUAAAGGCUUCUUCUUCUUAAAAACACUCUUCCAUCCAUUAUCUGUAGCCGGUUAUCCUGUCCUACAGGAUCGCAGGCAAGCUGGAGCCUAUCCCAGCUGACUAUGGACGAGUUGCCAGGUCAUCGCACAGCUGACACAUAGAGACAAACAACCAUUCACGCUCACGGUCAAUUUUAGAGC